UGAAGGGGGCGGCUGCGUGGUCCCAGCUUCUUGCAUCUUUUCCAGGCCCGUCGGCCUCGGGCCGGGUGAUGGGGGAGCGAUUUCGGUUCCGAAAACUGAGACCAGGAGAGAGGGGAGUCAGGGUUUGAAAAGCCCUCCUAGGUAGUGUCUUAACCGUGAGGGAGACUGCCGGCAUGUUUAGGUGGCUUGGUACCCGAAACGGCGGUUUUUUCCGUUAUGAGGUGGUGGUGGGGGGGAUUAAAAAUGGCCGCUGCGUCCCCUCGGUGGUGGGGGAGGGGAGCAGUAUCUCGUUUCGCCGUUGGUCUCCUGCGAAGCCUCGCCGCAGCCAUCUUGGGCUGGCGGGCCGGGCGCGCUGCCAGAAGCACAAAAUGGCGGAGGAGCCGCGCGUCAACGCGGGCCCGACCGGCGGAGGGGCCCACACCUCACAGGGUCGCGGGGGCUUCGGGAGGGAAAGAAGCGACGUUCUGUGGGGUCUUUCGCUCGUUAGGGAAUCCCGUUCUGCUUCCAGAAGUGGAAGUGCUCAUGGAUCUGGGAAAUCUGCAAGGCAUACCCCUGCAAGGUCUCGCUCCAAGGAAGAUUCCAGGCGUUCCAGAUCAAAGUCCAGGUCCAGAUCUGAAUCUAGGUCUAGAUCCAGAAGAAGUUCUCGAAGGCAUUAUACAAGGUCACGAUCUCGGUCCCGCUCCCAUAGAAGAUCCCGUAGCAGAUCUUACAGUAGAGAUUAUCGAAGACGGCAUAGCCACAGUCACUCUCCCAUGUCGACUCGAAGGCGUCAUGUUGGGAAUCGGGCAAAUCCUGAUCCCAACUGUUGUCUUGGAGUAUUUGGAUUGAGCUUGUACACUACAGAAAGAGAUCUAAGAGAAGUGUUCUCUAAAUAUGGCCCAAUUGCUGAUGUGUCUAUCGUAUAUGACCAGCAGUCUAGACGUUCAAGAGGAUUUGCCUUUGUAUACUUUGAAAAUGUAGAUGAUGCCAAGGAAGCGAAAGAACGUGCCAAUGGAAUGGAGCUUGAUGGACGUAGGAUCAGAGUUGAUUUCUCUAUAACAAAAAGACCACAUACCCCAACACCAGGAAUUUACAUGGGGAGACCUACCUAUGGCAGCUCGCGCCGUCGGGAUUACUAUGACAGAGGAUAUGAUCGAGGCUAUGAUGAUCGGGACUACUACAGUAGAUCAUAUAGAGGAGGAGGUGGAGGAGGAGGAGGAUGGAGAGCUGCUCAGGACAGGGAUCAGAUAUACAGAAGACGGUCACCUUCUCCUUACUAUAGUCGUGGAGGUUACAGAUCACGUUCCAGAUCUCGAUCAUACUCACCUCGUCGUUACUAAGCAUGAAGUUGAAGACUUUCUGAAACCUGCCCUAGAGUUGGGAUAUUGUUUGUGGACAAUAUUUUUUAUUGUCUCCUGUUUAAAAAGUGAACAGUGCCUAGUGAAGUUAGGUGACUUUUACACCUUUUAUGAUGACUACUUUUGGUGGAGUUGAAAUGCUGUUUUCAUUCUGCAUUUGUGUAGUUCGGUGCUUUGUUCAAAGUUAAGUGUUUUCAGAAAAGUAUGUUUUGCAUGUAUUUUUUUACAGUCUAAAUUUUGACUGCUGAGAAGUUUCUAUUGUACAAAACUUCAUUUAAAAGGUUUUUCUACUGAAUCCAGGGUAUUCUGAAGAUCGAAGCCUGUGUGUAAAAUGCUACCAAAUGGCAAAAAGCAACAAUAAAGUUUCGUUUUUACUUUUCUUUCUAACAUUAUCAGUGCUUAGCAGAACUGUUCAGAUUAGGUCGUCAGUAGUAAAUUCAAGACAAAAAAAUGCCCGUUUUCCUCCAGUCCAUGAAACAUACCAUAUACUCAAUAUACCUGCAAUUAAGUGUUAAAAUUAUGCUCUGUAACUCUCUACUGCUAGUAUUAGAACUAAAGAUCUCUCAAUACAGCAAAUGCUUAAUACUUAUAUAAAUGUGGAUUUGUCGGCCUUUAUGUAAUCUGUAUUAUAUAUAGCAGGGAAUAAGAUAAGAGUUAUACAAUGUAUGCCUUUAAAAGGCUAUUUCUUAAAGCUGUUACAAGGGGAUAAUGGUAUUUCAACUAAGUUAUCAGCAAGUGACAAUACAUUCCACCAUAAAUGUACUCUUGUUCUUCUAGCUUUUAGACUAUAUGGAAAGACUGGGUGCUUCAGAGCUUGAGAAAAGAGAAGGGAACACUACACCUGUGUUGUGUAUGAACUGAAGACUUUGCCUGUUCAUUUUUUAAAUAUUAUUUUCAGGUCCUUUGCUUACCAAAGGAGGCCCUAUUUCACUCAAAUGUUUUGAGAACUGUGUUUAAAUAAACUCAAGUGAAAAGAGAAAAA